CCCGCACGCGCUGUGGACAUCGGAGUGGUCUCAUCUCCUGUCAGCUAUUCCUCGACUUGAGUUGCCGACGGUGUGAGCGCACUCCCCGUGUGACCAUAGUUGGUUCGUGUUUGACAGCGUCUGGACUCGGGUCAAAGAAGGGAAAUGGAGAACGGUUCGUCCUCGACGGGAGACGCCGAGCUGGACCGGGCUGUCAGCCAGUGGCUGCGGUAUGACGAGAACCCCAAGACGGCAUCUAUGGUGCAGGACCUGGUGAGAGACGGGGCGAUUGAGGCUCUGAAGAAAUGCUUCUCCUCCAGGAUGGAGUUUGGUACAGCAGGUCUGAGAGCAGCCAUGGGCCCUGGCACAUCCUGUAUGAACGACCUCACCAUCAUCCAGACCACGCAGGGUUUCUGUCGUUACCUGGAGGAGAGUUUUGAUGACUUUAAGGACCGAGGGGUGGUAAUCGGGUACGACGCCCGGGCCCACCCUCCCAGCGGGGGCCGCAGCAAGCGCUUCGCCAGCCUGGCUGCAGCCGUGUUCAUCAGCCGAGGGGUGCCGGUCCACCUCUUCUCUGACAUAACCCCAACACCAUUUGUGCCUUUCACAGUUUCACACAUGAGACUGUGUGCUGGUAUCAUGGUGACCGCCUCUCACAACCCCAAACAGGACAACGGAUACAAGGUGUACUGGGAGAACGGAGCCCAGAUUGUGUCUCCUCAUGACAAAGGUAUCGCCAAGGCCAUAGAGGAGAACCUGGAACCCUGGCCUGAGUCCUGGAGUGCAGAGGAGGCCCUGAAGAGCCUCUUGCUCAAAGACCCCUACAAGGACAUCCACACACAAUACUUCAAAGCCAUCCAGAAACAUUGUCAUCACAGGGACAUAAACAAGAGGUCAGAGGUGAAAAUUGUGCAUACAUCUGUGCACGGCGUUGGCCACACAUUCGUCCAGUCAGCUUUCAAUGCCUUCGACCUUCACCCUCCAUACGCUGUAGAGGAACAGAAAGAUCCAGACCCGGAAUUCCCCACGGUGAAAUAUCCCAAUCCUGAGGAGGGAGAGGGAGUGCUGACACUGUCGUUUGCACUGGCAGAGAAGGAGGGGGCCACUGUUGUGUUGGCGAACGACCCUGAUGCUGAUCGUCUGGCCAUCGCUGAGAAGCAGGAGAGUGGGCAGUGGCGAGUGUUCAGUGGCAACGAGUUGGGGGCGCUGCUCGGCUGGUGGAUGUUCCGCUGCUGGAAAGCGCAAAACUCUGACGCUGCUGGGGUGAAAAACCUCUACAUGCUGGCCAGCACCGUCUCAUCCAAGAUACUGCGCGCCAUCGCUCUCAAGGAAGGCUUCCACUUUGAGGAAACACUGACGGGGUUCAAAUGGAUGGGAAACCGAGCCAGAGAGCUUUUGGACCAGGGCAAGAUGGUUCUGUUUGCCUUUGAGGAGGCCAUAGGGUAUAUGUGCAGUCCCUCUGUAUUGGACAAGGAUGGGGUGAGCGCUGCAGCCAUAGCAGGAGAGAUGAUUUCCUAUCUGGCCACGAAAAGCUCAAGCCUUUCCCAGCAAGUCACGACCAUCUAUGAAGAGUACGGCUACCACCUCAGCAAGAACUCAUAUUUCAUAUGCCACGACCAGGAUGUGAUCCGCAGCCUGUUCGAGCGCCUGCGCGGCCACGGCGGCCAGAAGGACUCGUAUCCCACCGAAUGCGGCCGCUUCUCCAUCUCCGCUGUGCGCGACCUGACCACCGGCUACGACAGCAACCAGCCCGGUAACAAGGCUGUCCUUCCCACCUCAAGCUCCAGUCAGAUGAUCACCUUCACCUUCUCCAACGGGGGUGUGGCCACCAUUAGGACCAGUGGCACUGAGCCAAAAAUCAAAUACUACACUGAACUCUGUGCUGCUCCUGGCAACAGUGACGUGACGCACCUGAAGAAGGAGCUGGACGACUUGGUCGUCGCCAUUGUUGAAAAGUUCUUGGAGCCCCAGAAGAACAAGCUGCAGCCCAAGCCGGCAUAGAGCCCCCCUUGACACGCCAAUGGAUGUUUUUAAAGUGCUGUUAAACUCAUUCAACCUGUAAUAUCUUAAUAUUAGUAAGUUAUGGCAUUAAAGGUUGAGUAUAGUUAAGCUGUGAUUUCAUAAUUAGCUAGUUUGUAAAAGGACCUUAGAGCACCACCACGUGGAGAUGAUGUACACUGGUGUUUUCAACUGCUGUGACACCUACCGUUAAAUGGUGUGUAGUUAUCAUGUUGUGUCUUUAGCAGCUCUUUACUCACGUGCCUCCCAUUCCAACAGGCUGUGACAGUCAAAU